AUGUCUUCUCCAAAGCAUGGAUCGCCAGAUCUGGUAGAUGGGAAAAGAUGGUUCAACUCUCUCUUGUUCGUCAAAACGCGCCCAAUUGCGCUGUCAAGUCUCUUCAUCUAUAUGUCGGCUAAUCCGCGCAACGUGGAAACUAUCAGUGCAGUUGCAGAUCACGAGACGUUCAGUCGGGGAAUCAUCGAAAUUAUCGGGGACGAUUCGCGGUUAGUCGACUACCUCCCGGGCCUCAUGAUCACAGCCAGACGACCCGGUGAAGGCCGGCUGCCAUGGGAGUUGGCCUCCACAAGGGUACCCUGGUUUCUUUGCAAGAACUUGUCACAAGAAUAUUGA